AUGCACUUUGAUGAAGGCUCCAUUAAAGAGAAAAAAUCAAGUCUGCGGUCGAAAACCGAUGCUACCAAGGAUAUCGAGGACGUCAGUGGUGGUGGACCCGCAGGAAUUGUCGCUGCCACGCGCCUUGCGCAGUCUUCUAGCAAGAGCGUGCUCCUUCUUUCCCGUGGACAGGGCCCUACCGUUCAAACCGGUGCCGUCGGGACAGUGGGCUGGAACGAAAGCCUUACUCCUAUUGAUGUGCCUGGUCUUUCGACAGCAGUUGCCGACUAUAACGUCGGGGACGAGACGCUUUUCAAUGCAUACCUGUGCGCUGAUACCCCAGAUGUUUACGCUUCUUGCGUCUUUGGAGGUGGUGCUUCCAUAAACUAUAUGGUAUUCCCACACCCUCCUGAACAUGACUUCGACGACAAGUGGCCCACUGGAUGGAAGUGGGAUGAUAUGGCGGAGGCGGCCGAUCGAGUUUGGAGCCUCAACCCAGGAACCUCCCUGCCAAGCAAGGACGGCAAGCGUUAUGAUCAAGGAAUGUACGAGACCGUGUCCAAGUUUCUUGACUCCCAGGGCUGGUCGUCGGUCAACUCGAGCGCGGAGCCGAAUAAGAAGACCAAGGCCUACAGCUACCCGAACUGGGAUAUCGGCAACCAGGAGCGAGUUGGCCCUCUGAGAACCUAUCUGCCCCUGGCCGAGGAGCUCGACAACUUUUCCUAUCAACUGAACUCCACAGUCCGUCGCGUCAUUCGGGACGGAAGCCAGGCUACUGGAGUUGAGUUUGAGACUGAAUCCGGCGCCAUCCAGACUAUAGGCUUGAACGAAGGAGGCAAGGUCAUUCUCGCCGCCGGUCCAUGGGGAACUCCCCGAAUUCUUUUCAACUCUGGUAUCGGCCCUAUCGACCAGAUCGAGACUGUCGCCAACGGCACGACUGGUGUUGUUCUGCCGCCCAAGAAUGACUGGAUCAAUCUUCCUGUCGGACAGGCUAUCAAGGACCACCCCAUUUUCACCUUCUACGUGCAGACUCCCGAUAACUGGACUGCCUUUAACGUCACCACUGUUGUGGAUGGCACCGACACCGCCGAUAUCGACCUAUACGAGACAGCAGGCUCUGGCGUUCUGGCUCAGGGUUACCACCGCAUGGUCUUCUGGACCUCCAACGUUGCCUCGGACAACAUUACACGAUACUACCAGGGCUCAGUCAGCCCGCAAGGCCCAGGUCUCUUCCUCAUCAAAGGGUACCUGACCCACGGCGCGACCUCAUCUGGAACAAUGGGAAUCAGUGCCAACGGCGACGUCACCUAUACUCAGAAACCUUACCUCCGAGAUGAUGGCGAUAAGGAGGGCGCGACUAUGUUCAUCGAGGAGAUGCUGGAAAGCAUGUCUUCCUACGAAGGCUGGGAGAUGGCCGAGGGGUACACCAAUGUGUCGUACAUCCUUUCCUCGUACUCUCAGGGCGACCACUACCUCGGAACUGCGAACAUCGGCACAGAUGCCAGGACUUCUGUAGUCAGCGCAGAGGACGUCAAAGUAUGGGGCAUGGACAACCUGCACAUUGUGGACUCCAGUAUCCAUGCAGAUCUUCCUACUGGAAACACGCAGGCCAUCACUAUGGUCGUUGCUGAGAAAGCAGUUGAGAAGAUCAUUGGUGCCGCUGACUCCCCAUCUGCUCCCCAGCUGAAGCGCCGCAAUUUGUAG